AUGUUGCGCGUGAUAGCUUUCCUGGCGGUGGCCGCGGCCGCGGAGCACGUUCGGGAGUUCGCGGUGAGGGAGAACGCGCGCGCCGGCACCUUGGUGGGCCAUUUGGGAGACGAGCUCCCGGACGCCGCGCCACCGUACACAAUAGUACCGGUACCGGGCAGCGCGGUCAACGACGACCUCAAGAUCGACCCGCACACGGGCGAGAUAAGGACCCGGCUGCCGCUAGACAGAGAGAGCAGGGACCACUACGCCCUGGUGGCGAUACCGGCCAGCGGGGACAACGUGCGCGUCGUGGUGCGCGUGCUGGACGAGAACGACAACGCCCCAACGUUCCCCACGCCGGUCAUGAACGUGGAGUUCUCGGAGAACACGCCGCGGGACGUCAAGAGGAAACUGAACCCAGCCAGGGACCAGGAUCUGGGGGCGUUUAACACGCAGAGGUACAAUAUAGUGUCCGGGAACACGGAGAACGCUUACCGGCUCUCCUCGCAUAGGGAGUUGGACGGAGUGUUGUAUUUAGAUUUGCAGAUAAAUGGUUUCCUAGAUAGGGAAACCACGGACCAUUAUGAGUUGGUGAUAGAGGCUCUAGACGGCGGCACGCCACCGCUUAGGGGGACCAUGACUGUAAAUAUAACUAUUCUAGAUGUAAACGACAAUCCACCGGUUUUCGCAGAGAGCGCGUACUCUGCGACUAUUCCAGAGAACGCGACAAUAGGUACGACAGUCCUAAGAGUAUCAGCGACCGAUUCCGAUGCAGGAGAGAACGGUGUGAUCGAGUACUCGAUAAACAGACGCCAAAGCGAUAAAGAGAACAUGUUCAAGAUAGACCCCGGAACAGGCGAGGUCACAGUGAACAAGGCACUGGAUUUCGAGACCAAAGAACUGCACGAGCUCGUCGUUGUCGCCAGAGACAAAGGUGCGCAGCCGUUGGAGACGACGGCUUUCGUCUCCAUCCGUGUCACAGACGUGAAUGACAACCAGCCAACGAUCGACGUGAUCUUCCUGAGUGACGACGCCACACCUAAGAUCUCGGAAUCGGCGCAACUGGACGAGUUCGUCGCGCGGAUAUCCGUCCACGACCCGGACUCGAAGACUGAAUACGCCAACGUGAAUGUUACGCUGAGUGGCGGCGACGGACACUUCGAUCUGCGGACGCACGACAACAUCAUCUAUCUGGUGGUGGUCGCGCUGCCGCUGGACCGGGAGUCCAGGUCGACUUACACGUUGAACGUGGUCGCCACCGACAAGGGGUCGCCGCCGCUGCACGCGUCUCGUAUCAUCAGUCUUCGCGUGACCGACGUCAACGAUAACCCCCCUGUGUUCCUGGAGGACGUGUACAGAGCGAGCGUCCCUGAGGCCGCCGCGCCCGGCACCCCCGUCCUCCAGCUGAGCGCGGCAGACGCCGACGAGGGGGAGAACUCUGAAGUCAGAUACACGUUGGCGCCGACGCCACAAUCGGACUGGUUCUCGAUCGACGAGCGCUCGGGGCUGGUGACCACGCGCGCGCGCGUAGACUGCGAGACGAAUCCGAUGCCGAGGCUGACGGUGGUGGCCACGGACCGCGGUGCCCCGCCGCUCUCGUCCACCGCCACCCUGCUGGUGACCGUCCUCGACGUGAACGACAACGAGCCGAUCUUCGACCAGUCCUUCUACAACGUCACCGUCCCCGAAAGCGAGGCAGUCGGCAGCUGCAUCCUAAAGGUGAGCCAUUUCCGUUCUAAAUUCAAAUGUAGUCUAAUUCCCCCUAAUCGUGCCAUCGCUCCGAAGGGCCGCUAUUGUGAAUUAAACAAA